AUGCCUGAGGACUUGACAUCCGCCUCGGACGAGGAGUGCCGCAUUGGUGGCUAUCGAAUCAUCAGGACCAUAGGCGAAGGGUCCUUCGCGAAAGUCAUGCUGGCCCGCCACAUUGUAACGGGCACCGAAGUGGCAGUGAAAUUCAUCAGGCGGGGCUCCUCUCUGGCUCUCAGAGAAGUCCAAUGCCUCAAGAAAUUACACCACCCAAACAUCACGAGGCUGUUUGAAGUCAUGGCCACAAAAAAUAACUUGAUUAUGGUGAUGGAGCACCUGAGCGGUGGUGAGCUAGCCACUUACCUGCAAAAGCAUGGUGCCAGGACAGAAGAGGAGGCCAGGGCCAUCUUUCGACAGCUGGUGUCUGCACUACACCACUGCCACGGAGAGGGGUUCGUACACAGAGAUUUGAAGCCGGAAAACAUCCUUCUAGAUGCUGACAACACCAUCAAGCUGGCCGACUUCGGGUUCACCAAGGAGGUGAAGCAUAACCUCCUGAGCUCCUUCUGCGGGACCGCGACGUACAUGGCCCCGGAGAUCAUGAUGGGCCAGGCCUAUGACGGCCAGAGGGUCGAUAUCUGGAGCCUCGGAGUCGUCCUUUACCAGCUGGUGACGGGGAGGCUCCCGUUCGAGGGGGAGACCUAUGGGGCAGUGAAGAAACGGGUCUUGACAGGGCACUUCCUCUUACCCCAUUUCCUCUCGGAGGAAUGCCAACAUCUUCUACAGAACAUCAUGACCCUCGACCCCGCCCAGAGGCCGACCCUGGAUGCCAUCAUAAAACACCCCUGGGUCAACAGAGGGCAAAAGGAGGGAGUGAAGUUAUACAGUGAGCCGCUGUGUGGUGAUAUCGACCCCCAGAUCAGCGAACAAAUGAAACAGCUUGGGUACGACCAGGAGGACGUAAGGGAAUCGGUGGCCCAGAAAACCUUCGAUCAUAUCAUGGGCACUUACUUAAUCCUCCGCAGCACAAAACGGAACAUUAGAGGCCAUACGGUGCAUGUAAGACCUUGCUCCUCCCCGGAACAAAGACAACAUCGACCCACAACGCCGGAGCUGCGGGCAGCAGGAGAGAAAACGAACAGGUCCACCAGCCCACCCACCAAGGUGCCAGUGAGGGUGCCUGUCCGUGCCACCAGCAUGGCACCAAAGGGGGCUGUCUCCGCCACUGGUGUGGCACACAGGGUGGCCAUCCCCACCACAGCAAUGGAGGUGAAGCUGGCUAUUCCAUCUGCCAGCUCACAAGGGGAGGGGGCCACCCCAGCCUCCAUUGUGCCAGUGGAGCUGGCUGUUCCAUCUGCCAGCUCCCAGGGGGAGGGGGCCACCCCAGUCUCCAUUGUGCCAGUGGAGCUGGCUGUUCCAUCUGCCAGAUCAGAGGGGGAGGGGGCCACCCCAGCCUUCAUUGUGCCAAUGGAGCUGGCUGCUCAAUCUGCCAGCUCACAACUGGAGGUGGCCACCCCAGCCUCCAUUGUACCAAUGGAGCUGGCUGUCACAUCUGCCAGAUCACAACUGGAGGUGGCCACCCCAGCCUCCAUUGUGCCAAUGGAGCUGGCUGUCACAUCUGCCAGCUCACAACUGGAGGUGGCCACCCCAGCCUCCAUUGUGCCAAUGGAGCUGGCUAUUCCAUCUGCCAGAUCACAACUGGAGGUGGCCACCCCAACCUCCAGUGAGUCAGUGCAGCUGGCUGUCACAUCUGCCAGCUCACUAGCAGAGGUGGCCACCCCAACCUCCAGUGAGCCAAUGGAGCUGGCUCUCACAUCUGCCAGCACAGAACCAGAGGUGGUCAUCAGGACCUCCAGCCUGGCAUGGCAGGUGGAUAUAUCCAACGCCAGCGGGGAAGUGAAGGGGGCCAUGAAACCAGAGGGUUUCAAAUCCAGCACACUCUCCUGCCCUGAGUCCAGCCCAGCCACCACCAGCCGUGCCCUCCAUCAUGGUUCUCUCAGGUCCUUCACCACUGCCAGCUCAGCCCUAGAGAAUGGCUCUUUAGGCUCCCGCACCACCUCAGGCAGAAGAAAGAGCAGCACCAGGAGCACCAGAAGCACCAGCAGGACAGGCAGCACCAGCAGCAGCAACCACGGCUCUUCUUCUAAACAAAGAGAAGGCUGGAAGCAGGGACCAAGAAGAGUUAUACAGUUCUUAUUGAAAGUAUUCUGCUGUCAGCCCUCUGCCGCAAUAGACAAAAAACAGAAAGAAAAACCAAAAGACCAAAGAAGGUUGCCCAUUAAAUUCUGGAGGGUCAAAAUAGGGCCACAUUAA